AUGGCUUCAUCUCUCCACCAAACCUCCACUUUCCUCAAAUCCCACCACCACUCUCAAUCCCCAAAACCCUCAACCACCACACGCCGGAGCUUUAUUCCGGUACACUGCGGCGGACCGCGUUCCCAGCGUGGACCCCUAAUAAAAGGGCGGUUCCUAUCCAUCGAAGCAAUCCAAGCCAUCCAAACCCUAAAACGCCUCCACCGAACCAAGCCACCGAACCAAACCCAUCUCCUAACCACCACGCUAACCCGCUUAAUCAAAUCCGACCUAGUCGCAACCCUAAAGGAGCUUCUCCGUCAACAACAAUGCACGCUCGCACUUCAUGUCUUCUCGGCCGUUAGAUCUGAAUACGGAGCAGAUCUUUCUCUCUACGCGGAAAUCAUACAGGCGCUCGGUAACUGCGAUAUGCCGGAUGAUGUGGACCGUUUGAUUCACGAGAUUGAGAAUGAAGGUGGGAUUAGCGUUGAUGAGGAUCAGAGGAAAGGGCUUUUGAGUUUGAUCAAAAGUGUUGUUGGAGCGAAGAGAAGAGAAUCGAUGGUUAGGGUUUAUGAGAUGAUGAAGAGAAGUGGGUGGGGUUUGGAGGUUGAACCUGAUGAGUAUGUUGUUAAGGUUUUGAGUAAUGGGUUUAAGGGUUUUGGAGAUGAAGAACUUGCUCAACAGGUUCAAGAUGAGUACGAUAGGUUUUGUAAGGCUAAAUUUGAUUCGUUUCGGGUUUAG